AUUUUUAUUUUUAUUUUUCUAAGAAUUUCUACCCCUUUCCAUUUUCUUCAUCAUAAAUGGAUUGGUGUUAACUGGGAAGUCUUAAGAAGCAAGUUUGUUUUGCUUUUAUCAUAUUCAAGUUUGCUUCUUGGAGUACUCAUUUUGUCACUUUGUUAUUUAGCUGCUGAUGUUAUAAUGUGGAGAUGGCGACACGUUUCAUCUGGCAUCAUUAUUGUUGCUACUGUUGCCUGGGUACUAAUUGAGAGAUCGGGUCUGUCAUUCUUAUCACUUUGUUCUGACAUCUUGCUGAGUUUGAUUGUCCUGCUGUUUCUCCAGGCCAAUUAUGCAGUUUUCAGAAAAAGACAGCUCCAAACACUGCCUGAACUAGUCCUAUCAGAGGAAAUGGUCAACAAUGCUGCUGCAUCAUUUCGUGUCAAAGUUAAUUAUAUGCUGCUUAUGGCUCAUGACAUUACGCUUGGGAAAGACUUCAGACAUUUCUUUCUGGUUAGUAAUUGCUACCUUUAUAAAGAUCAAGGGAAAUACAAGUUUUUUUUGGAUAAAUGAAUUUCUAUAGUAUUCUUUCCUUUCCUCUUACCUUCUUUAGUUUCUAGAGUAGUGUUGAUAUAUUACUUUAGUAAGUAAAGUAGUCAUAUGGAAAUCAGAAAUAAAUAAAGGGAAGUCAAGACUUCGAAUUCAGUUUAAAUGCUUGAAAUGCAGAGUUUGGUGUCAAAAAAUGUGCUUGGAAGGAACAGGGAAAGGUAUUCUUAUAGAUGAUAAGUUUUAGGACAAUAGCUAGAUUUAUGAUCGUUUAGCCUUGCUCUGUAGGCUGAAGAAAAUGUGAAAACCUAUGAAAUUUUAUAAAAGACAGUCAACUUUUCGUCAGCGCAUGGAUUCACUACCAAUUUGGUACGUGGUAGGCAAUCCAAAUUUAGGAUCAAUAUAUGCAGUCGUUAACUUGUUCACCAAGUUGGACUAAGAUGCUGCGGGUUUGGUCCAUCUAUCACCUACUUUAACCUAGGUUUGUUUUGGGAUAUACUUCUACUGCUUGUAAUAAUGUUAGUGCUACCCCACCACUACUGUGGCUGUCUGAUAUGUGUACCUGAGCUGAGCUUUGUUGCCUUGAGUGUUUCUGCCAACUUCACCUCAGGAAACAACCCCUGAUCCACACCAAGGAUGAAAUUAGAAUCAGCGAACAGGAUUAAGAAAUGAGGA